AUGGGUUCAAACGAGGAGCACUAUGUUUACGCAAUGCAACUAGUUAGCUCCUGAACAUUGACCUUGGUGUUGAUGAAUGUAAUAAAACUCAAGGUCCUAGAGGCUAUAGCCGAGGCAGGACCGGAUGCCAGACUCACGGCUCAUGAGAUUGUGUCUCGUUUAAAGAUCUCUAACCAAGACGCCCCAGACAUGGUUGACCGAAUGCUUCGUUUGCUUGCAAGUUAUUCAAUAGUCACUUGCACCAAAGGGGUCCAUGAAUCAAGGCCGGUUCGAGUGUAUGGACUCACACCCAUUGCCAAAUACUUCAUCCCGGAUGAGGACGAAGCAUCCGUAGGUACGUUGUUGGAGCUUGGUCAAGACAAGGUUUUGAUUGAUGAUUGGAUUAAACUUAAAGAUUCAGUAAUUGAAGGAGGCGUUCCAUUUGAAAGAAAUAAUGGAGCAACCACAUUUGAAUUUGGGGCCUUAGAUGCAAGGUUUGACAAUGCAUUCAACAAUGCCAUGUUGAAUCAUACUACUAUUGUGAUGAAGAGAAUUCUUGAGUGCUACAACGGUUUUGAUGGUCUUAAACGUGUGGUCGACGUCGGAGGUGGUCUAGGCGGCACUAUCAACAUGAUUGUAUCGAAACAUCCCACCAUUAAGGGGAUUAAUUUUGAUUUGCCACAUGUGACUCGACUUGCACCUUUGUAUCCGGGUGUAGAACAUGUUGGAGGGGAUAUGUUUCAAAAAGUACCGCAAGGGGAUGCCAUUUUCAUGAAAGUAAUUUCACUCAAACUUAUACUGCAACUUUAUAGUAGGCUAAACGGUUAGACUGCUCGGUGUGGAGAAGGGUAGUCCUCAAAGGAUG